AUGAAGAUGCACCUCUUUGCUCGUGUCAUACUUGCUGGUUUGGCUGCUGCAGCGCACGCACAAUGGCAGCAUGUGUCCGACGUUGAAUUCCAGUCCCUUGUCGACUUGAACGACCUCACGCUAACAGCGUUCGUUGCGCCGUGGACAGCUCCCUGCCAGUCGCUCGCGUCAGAGUGGGCAGCGGUGAAGUCUCACCUCACUUAUCCAGCCAUCAGCAUCGACUGUACCGUGAAUCAGACCCUCUGCGCCGCGCAUAAUGUGCAUUCUUAUCCUGCCAUACGCCUUUUCCGUGGUCCCCAUGAAUCAGUGCGAUAUAGAGGUCCGCGCAAAGCGUCCGCCAUCGUACCCUUCGUCCGGCGUGUCUCCCUUCCCGCGGUCUCGGAGGUGAAUUUGAAAAAUAUCACGAGAUUAACUGGGAUAGAUCGAGUGACGUUUGUGGCAUUUGUGAAGGAGGAGGACCAUUCCAUGAGAUCAAAAUUCAUAAGAAUCGCAAAGAAGUACCAGGACCAAUUCGUCUUUGGGAUCUCGGACGACAAGAGACUGGCAGAAAAGGAGAAGAUCACAUUCCCCUCUCUUGUUUCUUACAUGACGGACGUUGGCGAUCGAGAGAUCCUGCCGGGCACCGUGAGCCAAUCUGUCAUUGAAAAGUUCGUUCUUGAGGCAGGAAAGCCGCUCAUAGAUGAGCUGACUCGCCGAAACGAAAUCAACUACAUGAGUUCCCAUAAACUGCUUGCCUAUAUAUUCGUCACUGACGACAACGAUCGCGCUCUCUUCCGUCGAAAGCUUCACCCCAUUGCAAAGCAGUACAAGGACUAUGUCAACUUCGUCACCAUUGACGGCGACGAAUACGGCCACAUGACCACAGGCCUUGGGCUGCACAGGGGCCACUAUCCGAGUUUUACCGUGUAUAGCGCUUGGAAGGAUCAAGUAUUUCCGUAUCCAGCGGCGAAACGAAUCGAGGCAGACAGUAAGCGAUGUACCUCCACUGGUCGUAAAUGCGAUGGGUACGAGUUUCCCAAAGACAGCUCCAGCGGCUCAGCGUCGACCGCUUUGUCGCCACCACAGCAGAGCCCGGUGUCUUUCCAACAUCUAUUUCAACCCAACUCAAUUUCCAAACCAUUUCAAGGCAACACUCAAGAACGUCGCAUCUUCCACCGCUUCCAGUACUGCACGGUGCCUGCAUUCGCUGGAGGUUCCGAAACCGGGUUCUGGACAAAACUCGUACUCAAAGUGGGUCACGAGGAACCAGUGGUCCGGAACGCAAUCAUUGCCUUGGGGACGUUGCAUGAGGAUUACCAGGACCGCUGUGGCAAAUACAGCCCCCAAUUGAUUGACGACCAGAGCUACCGACACGCCUUGAAGCUAUACGGGGGUGCGUUGCGCGACCUGAACCAGAGACUCAACACCCCCUCGAGCACCAACGCCAAGCUCGCCAUCAUUUCAAGUAUAUUAUUUGCCUGCUUCGAAGUUCUUCGACGCAACAAUAUGGCUGCUGUCAUCCACUAUCAGCAAGGAAUGAGAGAAUUGAUCAGACAAAUGAAUCUCCCUCAGGAUAAUGACAACUCACUUACACCCUAUUCGCCAGAGCAAUCGUCCGGCUCACGGCCGACCUUUCGCGAGAUUCCUCAAGAUGAGUUGGACGAACUACUCCGGGUAUUUGCCCGCUACGAUAUUCAAGCAUGCACGUUUUCCAAGGAGCGAGCAGAACCUUUGUUGACCCAGAUUGGCCAAGUCCCUCGAAUACUACCGACCAAUCUCACCUUGAGUCAAGUUCGCAACCAUCUGGACAACCUCCUUGUGUCGGUCUACCAACUGGUCAAAUCCGAUGCGCGCAUGUACCGAUAUUGGAAGAAAGAUGCUGUGCCGGUAGAGUGGCAGACUCGACGGCAAGAGGCUCUUGAUAUCUUUGAUGCCUGGAUGGCAGCUCUAGAGAACUUCUUCUCAAUACAGGGUCCGAGGCUGGGCCGUGCUGACAUCAAAAGCCUGUUGGGUCUCCGCCUGCAGAUCAAGACCGCAGUUAUGAUGCUCAAGGUGUGCGUGGAUUGUGGACCCGAAACCACAUUUGACGCAUUCACGGACGACUUCGAGGAUAUGGUAUCCAAGGUUGAGCAGGUGACGACGGCUCUUAGUUUGGCUGAAACAAUGCCCCUGGAAGAUGAGCUCACCCCGUUCACCAUGGAGCUGGGCAUUAUACACCCUCUCUUCUUCACGGCUUGCAAGUGUCGAGACUGGGGGAUCCGACGGCGAGCAGUGGCUCAACUCAAGAGAGCCGGUAAAGAGGGCGUCUGGGAAGGGCCCAUCAUGGCCGUCUUGGCCCAGAGAAUCAUCGAACUGGAGGAGGAAGGCGUGUCUCCAGGAGAGCCGGUACCCGAGGCAAAUCGCUUCCAUGAGAUCAGGAAGAACGUUGAUUACGACAGUCGGCAAAUCCUUUUUGAGGCUACCACGGCGUUGGAUGCGGCCUGGAAGAAUUUUUCAGUUCACAGGGAGGCGGUUCCGUUCUGA